AUGGAAUACUACUCGCUCCUCAUCCCGAUCGCCUACCUAGGCAUCCUGAUCGGGUCGAUGGCGACGUUCUCCCACCUAUACCGCCAACGACAGGUGACCUCGAAACUCCGUCUCGCGCCUUACUUCGGCCCCCACACGACACGCAACAUCUAUCUAUCCCUGCUCCACCUACAAGACCAGCCAGGCGACUCUUCGGGGGCGGCGGCCAGCACGACCAAAGUCCCCGACGGCGUAUUACGAGCGGCCCUACUCGCCCGUGCGGUCGAAGACAUCCAGCGCAUCAUGGAGGUCCGGACCCGCAAGCCCGCGCUCGCACAGCUCCUCCAGCGCGGCGUCGUCGGCGACGAAAUCUUCCAGCGUCUCCAGCGCGCCGAGCAGGAACUCGAACUCGAGCUCAAGGACGUCGUGGCCGAGGCCAAUGCCCUCGCGCCGGACUGGGGCCGCACCAUCUUCCAGAGUGCGAAUGAGAUGGUGCAGAACAAGAUUCUGAGGGACAAGUUGGAUGCCAUCAAGGCCACGUUACCGGCGGAGAAGGCGGCCUGGGAUGCGCAGCGCGAGAAAUCGAGAAGGGAAUUGGAGGGGGAUGCGGUGGAUAAAGCGACACAUGAUGCCGCCGCCGGUGUAAGAUCAAUACAUGCUCAAACCACUACCGUUGCUGGUGCAGCUGGGAAGGGACCAACGCAGCAGCCUCAGCCUCAGGCUCUGUCUCAGUUUCAGUCUCAAAUGGCGGAGACGGCUGCUAGAGCUGCGGCGAGAGCUGCGGCUGCGAAUAGUGAUGACGAUGCUGUCAUUGUUGAGUCUCCCGGUGCUGAAGUGUCCGGGACAGCAGCUACAACUACAACCACAACAACCGGCGGAGGAGGUGGUGGGAAAAACAAGAAAAAGAAAGGCAGGAGAUGA